AUGAGCACUUCAAGCGGUACCAACAAUGGUGGACCAUCUGCUCGUUUAGCAAAAGUCGCAAAUCGUCUCGUUGGAGAAGUAGAAAAAGGUCCUGAUGUUUGGAGUGUUUUUAACCCUCUGGUCUUUCCAACUGCUGUCAACCUUGGUCAAGGGUUUAUGAACUUUCCACCACCUCCAUUCGUACGGGACGCAUUCUUGAAAGAAGCUUCUGAACGUACAGAUGUUCAUCAUUACAGUCAUCCAAAAGGAAGACCACGCUUACGUCAAGCUGUUGCCAAAACAUAUGGACCUUUCAUCCACAAACCCAAGGAUGGAUAUGAUCCAGCACCAGCAUCCGGUCAAACUCCACAGAUACGCAAAGAGACAGAGCCCUUGGAUCCCGAGACCGAGGUUCUCAUUACUGCAGGUGCGAAUGGUGGUAUGUAUAGCGUCUUGACAGCAUUCAUCGAACCAGGAGAUGAAGUGAUCUUCUUAGAGCCUUUCUUUGAUCAAUACGAAAUGGAGGUUGUGUACAACGAUGGUGUACCUGUAUAUGUCCCACUCAUUCCACCACCGGCUCAAGAAAGUCAGACGUCCGUAGGUGCAGACAAAUGGAGCGUUGACUUUGACCUUCUGCGUAAAAAGUUGUCAAGCGGGAAAGUUCGUGCGAUUAUGCUAAACACUCCGCAUAACCCAGUCGGUAAGGUAUUCUCUCUAGAAGAGCUGCAAGAAGUUGCAAAAUUGUGCAUUGAACACGAUCUGUUGGUAUUGGCAGAUGAAGUAUACGAUUGCUUGACAUUCGAUGGCAAGGAGCAUAUCAGAAUCGCAUCGUUGGAGGGAAUGUUCAACAGAACUGUGACAGUAGGUAGCGCUGGCAAGAGUUUCGCAUGUACAGGAUGGCGAGUUGGAUGGCUCUUGGGACCAAAGCAUCUCCUCAAUCCCACUUUGGCAGCACAUACCCGAAUCUUAUUCUGUGUCAAUUCACCCGCCUCGGAAGGAGCAGCAAUCGGAUUAGAAGAGGCGCCAAAGCACAACUUCUUUGCAGUGCAACGAGAGCAAUACGAUGAUCGUCGUAAGAUCCUGAUGCGCGUACUGGACGAUUUAGGUUUCAAAUAUACCAUUCCACAUGGAGCAUACUUUAUCAUGGCUGAUGCAAGUUCUUUGCAAAUGCCUGAAGAUUUCCAAUUCUCGGAUUUUGUUUCAAAACAGAGCAAGGAUUACAAGAUGGCUUACUUUAUCGCAAAGACUAUUGAUGUCGUUUGCAUUCCUGCAACCGCAUUUGCAUCAAAAGAGAACGCCCAUCUUUAUGAGAACUUCUUGCGAUUCUCUUUCUGCAAGGAUGGCGAUCUGGAACGGGCUGCUGAACGAUUGCAAAAGCUGAAGCCGUACCUCAAGAAAUGA